CCUCAUUUGCUCCUCUAAUAUUCAGUGCAUUCUUCGUCUUAUUGAUUCAUUCUCAACAACCAUUUUAAUUUUCCAAGUCAAUCGGCCCAUUUUCAACCUCGCUAAUUACUUGACGUUAGUAAUUCUAUCAGCCAGCGCACACUUGGUCACAAUUUCAAGUUGAAAUGGCACAAUAAUUCCUUUUCUGAGAGCAGGGACAGUCUUCAGUUUGCCCAGAACAUGUACGGGCUUUAAUGUUUACAUUUGAAGACAUUAAACGACUGAGAACAGAGUCGAAGCUGCUCGGCCAGCAGCAGGUGCCAGCUACUGUAAUUGAAGUCCUGGUGGCGGAAGUGCCCUGAGCUCGGGGAAACCACGGGCUCUGGGGGAAACGAGCGCGUGCAGUUUGGUCAGAAACAGCGUAUUGGCUGCUCGCCGCUACGUCAUAUCCUGACGGAGGACUGGAGGAGGCGAGAGAGCCGCCAGCCUCCACUCUGUCGCUGUAGUAACGUCUGCAAAGCGGAGACACCGAGCAGCGGGUCACCUCAACACUGAAACCGGACUGAGGAGGAAAACACGAGCGAACACACGGCUGGACUACACGUCGCUCGGUCCGUGUUACACUGCUGGAUAAUAAGUCUUUGAACUUGUCGUCGUUUGGAAGUAAAAUCGAGCGCCGGAGCGGGAUAGAGUGAACUCAGCGGGACGCCGAGCAGGAGCACGAAAACAACUUUUUAUUUUGUUUUUCGUUGUUGAGGAGAAAGCGUUUAUUUCUGAGGCGCCUGCUCAACACUGGACUAAGUCGCUUCAAGUUCCUGUGUUGUUUCAUUCCGCUCUCUGGAGCUGUUUUGGCGGUGAGGCGGACACCAGAGAAGCGGAGGCUCAGCAGCCACCUGACCUCCUGGAAAAUACGACCGCAGCUAAUGACACGCAGGCUGAGGUCCUUACGUGGCUCAUUACUAAUAAGCUCUCUGGCGGAGCGGGACGAGCUCUCCGCGAGGCUUUCGCACGUCCAGUCCUGACGCACCGUUUCGCACAUGAAGUUUGCAGAAUCCAAUUAGUGAUAUUGAAAUUAUGGUAAGUGCUAAUUAAUUUGUGUCAGCUGUGAAAUUGAAUUAGUUGGGCUUAAUUGCCUGUUGAAGUUGCCCCUUUCAUCGUUCUAUCCUGCAAACUGUGAGCAAUAAGUGGAUCAUCUGUCAGAUAGACAGCAUGGAUAUAACCGGGGUGCACGUCCUCCGGCGGUCGUGAUGCCGCGCGCCGGUCUCAUCCCGUGCCACCAGCCUGUCAUGCCAGCUCUCUAACCCGUACCAGUGUGGCGCCGUGUCCCGGUCACACCGCCAGGAUGAGCAGCACCGACCUGGAGCGCAUGUCGCUCAGCUCAUCGGCCAACUCGGUGGCCUCCAGCGCGCGGACGCUGUCGGCCAACGUGAGGAAGCUGCACAACGCGCUCAACCUCCUGCUCAACGACUUCGAGAGGGAGCAGUUCAUCCACUGCCUCAACGUGUACCACUCCAAACGCAACGUGUACGACCUGGUGCAGACCCUCAACGUCAUCCUCAACGCGCCCAGCAAGCGACAACUUCUGCCCAUGCUGCGGCUGGUGAUCCCGCGCUCUGACCAGCUGCUCUUCGAGCAGUACACCUCGGAGGGCCUCUACUUAAAAUCGGAUUUAGUUGCAAGCAACGGCAACGCAGAACCCCCCAGCGCCAGCCCGACCCCCACCGGGCACUUCUCAUCCGACAACCCGCCCGACUUCCAGGUGGCUUUGCGGGGCUCGCCGGACAGCUUCAGCACCAGCAGCGACGGGACAGCUUCCCUCGUGCCACUGCUCGGGGCGAACUUCGUCCACGAGCCUCCAGGCGAGAUGCGGCAGGUCACCAUGAAGAGACACAAGAGCAACGAGGGCCUGGGCUUCAGCAUCCGCGGAGGCUCGGAGCACGGGGUCGGCAUCUACGUGUCCCUGGUGGAGCCGGGGAGUCUGGCCGAGAAACAGGGUCUCCGGAUCGGUGACCAGAUCAUGAAAGUGAACGACAAAGUGUUCGACAAAGUCACUCAUGCUGAAGCGGUGAAGGUGCUGAAGGGCAGUAAAAAGCUUUGUCUCUCGGUACGUUCAGUCGGGCGGAUUCCAGGUGGCUAUGUCACCAACCAUGUUUAUACCUGGGUUGAUCCUCAGGGUCGGAGCGUGUCCCCUCCUCCUGACCUGCCUGAGCAUCGGAGCGCCACCCUGAGAAAAACUGACAGUCAAAGACGCAGCAACAUGCAGCUACUGCAGGAGGGAGAUGAGAAGAAGGUCAACUUGGUUUUGGAUGACGGCCGGUCUCUGGGUCUAAUGAUCCGAGGGGGAGCGGAAUAUGCUUUGGGUAUUUACAUCACAGGAGUGGACCAGGGCUCAGCAGCUGAGUGUGGAGGACUCAAGGUUGGUGACCAGAUCUUGGAGGUGAACGGCCGCAGCUUUCUGGGUAUCCCGCAUGACGAAGCCGUCAGGGUCCUGAAGUCAUCACGGCACCUGAUGAUGACGGUCAAAGAUGUGGGCCGCCUGCCGCACGCCAGGACAGUUGUGGGCGAGACCAAGUGGAUUGCCAGCUCGCAGAUCGCAGAGAGCUCUGCCAACAGCAGCGUGGCAGGUUUCUCGGUGGAUAAAGGAGCCUCUGCAGCAGGAAAGCCUGGGUUCUACAAAGGUGUGGCGGGCUCUCAGGUGACCCUUUCCAGCCUGGUGAACCAGUCGAGGGCCAUGCUGGAGGAGCAGGCACGCCACUUGCUGACGGAGGCGGAGCGGCAGACCAUGGGCUACUAUGUGGAGGAGUACCGGGACGGACACAUCGGGGUGGAGCAGCUAGUCGUGGCGCUGUUCGAGCUGCUCAACACACAUGCAAAGUUCUCUCUGCUGUCAGAGGUGCGAGGCCUGGUCACCCCACAGGACCUGGAGCAUUUUGACGGGUUGGUGCUGCGUCGUGAAAUUCAGGCUCUAAAGGCACGCCAGGGGACUGCUGGAGCCAUGGCACUCCAACAAGACUCCCUGUCCAUGGUGUCAUACCCAGAUACCCUGACCUCGUCCUCGGCCAGCUUCAUGACCAACACCACUCUCAGCUCUGCACGGAACGACAGCGUGGUGGAGAGUAACCAGGAUGUUCCUCCGGAGAGUCUGAACACGCUGCUGACCGACAUCUCUCUGGAUGAUGUACAGUCCACCCCAGCUGAAUCUCCCCCCACCUUCAAGCCUCCGCCCCCACCAGGGGCGCAGAGGCACCCCAGUAGACGGGAACAGCUCAACAAAUGCCCCUCAUCUGAAUCAUCCCAUUCAGGCCUGUACUUCACAGCCCCCACCUCACACAACCACAGCAGGGAGCCAGGACACACCGCCGCCUCGCCCUCACUACACCACAGACAUCCCAGGGACCCAUCUCGGGACUACGCGGCCGUCAGAAAGCGAGACCCCCCGGUACCUUCCAAGAAAGAACAAAUAACAGCUGCUCAGUUGUCUAUGGUCACCCAGCACCACAUCGGCCCUUUCCCCAGGGUCCAGUCCCCCAGCAGAGGCACCAAACCUGCCGCCCCAUCCCCUUCACCUCCACCUCCACCCCCACUCCCAGCUCCUCCUCCGCCCCCUUCGCUGCCCCUUAAGCCAGUGUCCAUGUUCAAAGCAUCGGCCGCCUCCUCUCCUGGCUCUAAACAGCAGUUUGUUACAGUGGAGGUUCACAGGCCAAACGCAGAGCCCGAUGUCAAUGAGGUGCGCCCGCUGCCCCAAGCUCGAGGAAGCGCCCUGUCUCAGCUGUCAGACAGCGGCCAGACCCUCAGCGAGGACAGCGGGGUGGACAUAGCUGAGUCAGGACACAUCAGCAAAGACAGCAGCUCCCAUCCCUCACGCACACGCCACCCCCGAGACACGCAGGGGGGUGGGGGGGACAACCCCUCAAAACCGCCGGGGCUAUUGGAGCCCACGUCCACACUAGUGAGAGUGGCAAAGAGUGCCAGCACACUGGGUAUUGCCAUUGAAGGUGGAGCCAACACUCGCCAGCCACUGCCACGGAUUGUCACAAUACAGAGAGGUGGAUCAGCUCAUAACUGUGGUCAGCUGAAGGUGGGUCAGGUGAUCCUGGAGGUGAAUGGAGUUUCUCUGAGGGGCCGUGAGCACAGGGACGCCGCACGCAUCAUCGCUGAGGCCUUCAAGACCAAAGAGAGGGACCACGUGGACUUCCUGGUGACCGAGUUCAAUGUGGCGCUAUAGCUGAGUGGAGGAGGAGAGAGGACGAUGACAAGGACAGCACCAAGAGAAGGAGAAGAGUCGGAGGACAAAGCGAGGGCAUGGAAUUCAAGGGUCUAUUUAUUCAAAUGGCACAACUCUUUUAGAUAGACAUAAACAAACCACCAACUAAUCUCUGAGCCCUUCUCCUCUCCCACUGAAACCCCAACUUUGAGUCUGGACACGUGGCGCUCAAAUUUACAAGGUAUUACUUCUGCUGUGGACUUCGUUCAGGAUUCUCCUCAACGUGUUACCUCCCCACUGUGAGACUUUAUGCACUAAAACGGAAAGUAGUGAAACCUA